GCUUUUUAAGUCUCUUGGGCUAUUUGAAAGUGUUGGUACAUACAAUGACGUUUAGUCACCAGUAUUAAGGGAAAUAAAAGCCUUUUUCAAAAUGAAGCUUCCACAGUGUCCAUGCAUUUGGGAAAUACUGUAUUUGAUUUUUUGCAUGUAUGAUUAUACCAUGAGAGACAGGAUUAAUAUAGAAGAUGGCAAGGCAAAUUUCUAAUUAGAGAGAAUAUUAAUUUUCUACAAAAUAAAGUUUGUUCAUCAGUACAAACCUGCUUUCAAAUCAAAUCAGACAUCCUUCGGAAUGUGUUCAGAACCAAUGAGUGACAACACUGAAGACCAGAAAGGCAAGCUGAAGACACCAGACUUCGUUUGAAGGGCAAACAAGAAAUCCAAACAUCAUGUCAGUGGCAAUAGAACAGUUGAACCUUUCCCAGAGGGAACACAGAUGGCUGUAUUUGGAAUGGGCUGUUUCUGGGGAGCUGAGAGGAAAUUCUGGACCAUGAAAGGAGUAUAUUCAACUCAAGUUGGUUAUGCAGGAGGCUACACUCCCAAUCCUACUUAUAAAGAAGUCUGUUCAGGAAAAACUGGCCACGCAGAAGUAGUCCGAGUGGUAUACCAGCCAGAACGCAUCAGCUUUGAGGAACUGCUCAAGGUCUUCUGGGAGAAUCAUGACCCGACCCAAGGCAUGCGCCAAGGCAAUGACCAUGGCACUCAGUACCGCUCAGCCAUCUAUCCAACCUCUACUGAGCACAUGGAGGUGGCCCUGAGGUCGAAAGAAGACUACCAGAAGGUUCUUUCGGAGCACGGCUAUGGCCUGAUCACGACCGACAUCCGGGAGGGCCAAACCUUCUACUACGCGGAGGAGUACCACCAGCAGUACCUGAGCAAGAACCCCGACGGGUACUGCGGCCUCGGGGGCACCGGAGUGUCCUGUCCACUGGGUGUUAAAAAGUAAUUUCUCCCCAUGUGGUCAGCCCUUGAAGUCACAGCCAAAAUGCUUUCAACAAAUUGGGCAAUGCUUUUGUGGCUCAGGUCAGUGGCUUUUUAAAGUGCACAAAGCGCGAAGGCAUUCAGGAAAAUCUGGUUUAAUGAGAUCUGAUUACAUGAAGUGCAAUGGCAGGUUGAUAACAUGCAGUUUAUCUUCUACUGAGUUCCGGUGGGAGUGGAACUGUGACAUUGUUUGGAUCGCUUGGGGUCUGAUUGAGGAUCAUGAAUACGCUGUGCUCGGUCUUCUUGGGCCUGGGUGCCUGCCACGGAAGCUGGGGAAGGAAGCUGGGAGAUUGUCAGACAAGAUAAGGCAUUUGGACACGGGAACUGUGCCCUGUCCCACCUCGCAUGCCCUCCAGUGCCUUAAAAUCUGCAAACAUUUAUAGCCUCAAUGAAUCAUUCACUGCAAUAUUUUGCUCGACUGAGCCUAGAUGCACAGGGGGCUUUCUCUCUUUUUCAGCCCUCCUGGGGCAGGGAAAAGAUGCAAGUUAGCUCUAUGAAUUCUAAUGCUUUGCUUACAGCUAUGAGAAAUGCUUGUUCUAAUAAAAGUCUACAGUCUAAUACAAA